CUACACUUUGAAUCUUCGCUGUGCUCCCAUCCACCACAAUCUCAGAUCUAGACUGUGUCAGAAUCAGUAGGGGAACUUGGACUAAAUAUGCUGGUUCAAAACCAACCCUCAUCCCCUCCUCUAGAGCGUAUCAGAAUGUAUGGAAACUUCAUCGAUAACCUCAGACUCUUCACCAAAGGAGGAAGUGGUGGAAUGGGUUACCCUCGUUUAGGUGGAGAAGGUGGAAAAGGUGGUGACGUUUGGGUUGUAGCCCGUAACAGAAUGACUUUAAAACAACUUAAAGACAAAUAUCCUCAGAAACGGUUCGUUGCUGGAGAAGGAGCAAAUAGUCGAGUUAGUGCACUGAAAGGCUCCAAAGGAAAGGACUGUGAAAUUCCUGUACCUGUGGGUAUUUCAGUAACUGAUGAAAAUGGUAAAAUCAUAGGAGAACUCAAUAACGAGAAAGACAGAAUUUUGGUAGCUGAAGGAGGUCUUGGUGGUAAAUUACUUACAAAUUUCUUACCAUUGAAAGGCCAGAAACGAGUUAUUCACCUUGAUCUAAAACUUAUAGCUGAUAUAGGCCUAGUGGGAUUCCCAAAUGCUGGAAAAUCUUCUUUGUUAAGUCAGAUAUCUCACGCAAAGCCUGCAAUUGCAGAUUAUGCAUUUACAACAUUAAAGCCUGAACUUGGAAAGAUUAUGUAUAAUGAUUUCAAACAGAUAUCAGUAGCUGAUCUUCCUGGUUUAAUAGAAGGAGCUCAUAUGAACAAAGGAAUGGGCCACAAAUUCCUCAAGCAUGUAGAAAGAACUAAACAACUACUUUUUAUUGUUGAUAUUUCUGGAUUUCAGCUUUCUUCCCAAACUCAAUACAGAACUGCCUUUGAAACCAUAAUACUGCUUACAAAAGAGUUGGAGUUGUACAAAGAGGAACUUCAGACAAAACCUGCACUCCUGGCAGUUAAUAAAAUGGACUUGCCAAAUGCCCAAGAUAAAUUCCGUGUACUGAUGAACCAACUCCAGAAUCCUAAAGAUUUUCUGCAUUUAUUUGAAAAGAACAUGAUUCCAGAGAGGACUAUAGAGUUCCAACACAUCAUCCCCAUCUCUGCAUUUACCGGAGAAGGAAUUGACGAACUAAAGAACUGUAUAAGAAAAUCUCUAGAUGAACAUGCCAACCGGGAAAAUGAUGCAUAUCAUAAGAAACAGUUGCUUAAUUUACAGAUUUCCAAUACAAUAUCUUAUAGUGAGCCACCAUCAAAGAAUGCUGGUACAAGUCCCAGAAUGGAUAAUUGAAAUUCUGUUCAUUUGAAAGCUUUUCCACAGACACGUAUUUUUUAGAAGGUCAGUUAUUAUUAACUUUCUGGUAUAUACACCAUCAUU